AUGCGCACUGAUCUGGAUAAUACAAUAACCUUAUUAUGGUCGAACAAGCUAGAGGCCGCAUUCUGCGCCCUGAACAACAGCCUCGACUCGCUGGCAUACUCGAUUAAAGAGCAAGAUCCGCUCCUCUUUUACAUCUUGUCAUACCGCACCAUUCAGCUUGGGCCUAGGAUAUCCGAUACUGUGGUUGCUUUCAUCCACAGAAUGCACGAGACGAUAUUAGGCCCUCAACACCCCCUUGCUCUUGUUUGGGGCAGGUUCAAGUGCCUGCCACUGGAACUUCGUGCUACCACUCUCAGCAAGAUGGCUGGCAGUAGCAUCCAGCUUCUCAAAGGGAAACAGGGGAUCCUGAACAGGGUAGUAGCACUGGCCCUCGGCUCGACGUCAACCAUUCUCGACAAACCGGGUGAGACAGACGUAAGCCAAUUUAGCGAGCUCUUAUCCAAGUACACUGCAGCUAGUGAAGCGCACUGGGCAGAGGGUAACUACCAAAACUCAUGCGAAUGUCUCUCGGUUGUAGCCGGGAUUUAUUCGUGGGGGCAAGAGUAUGAGCUGGCGAAGGAAGCACUGGCGCGCGCACACUCUCUGGUUCAGGCACGGGACAACAAAGGAAAUCCUGAAAGGCCGUGGCUUUUAUUAGAGCUCUCUCACUACGAAGUGAUGGCUCGGCUA